ACAGUAUGGAAAAUAUGAAUACCGUUUUUUUAGGGUUGUAAAAGCAUUAAAUAUUUACGUCAAAAUUUAUUUCCUCUACGAUUCAGUAUGGUACAGUAUGGUGCUUUCAAAAUCGAGAUUGUACCAUAGUCGAAACAGAAAAAAAACUUACGAAAUUGUUUACACUUCCUUUCCGGAAAGAAUGUUUGUAAUAAGGAAAAUGCGAGAUCCGAAACAAUUGGAAGCAGGUGAAGUGAUGAUCUGGAAAAGAACUUGACGCGUUUGAGCAAACAAUUGAAAAGAUCGAGAGCAAAUGCUGGAAAAAAUUAAUUAAUUAAAAAACUAGGAGAGUUUUUCAAUCGCAAGAGGCUGAUGAUAUUUGAAACUGUUUCACAGCCGUCUGAACGAAACAAAUCAGGCACUCAUCUUUCGUCUCCAGGUGAACUUGAAAAGAAAAGAAAAGAAAAGAAAAUUUCUGCUCCAUUAACGUCGACCAGCUUUUUCAAACAGAAACAAUACAACUGGCGAGUGAAAAGCAAAUUGAGAACAAUUUCCCGUGGAUUGAAGGCGAAAGCCUGGAUUUUGGUACGAAACAGUUUUCACAUCGAUCUUUGGUCUAAAUUUCGGCCCGCCAAUUUCUUCAGAGACCGAACAAAAUUCAUAGCAUCGAGCUCCAAUCGGGGAGAAGAGGCAAGGUACAGAACAUGCACAAAUGGUUCUGGAUUAUCGGUUGGUUCCCCACUAUUAUGGCCGUGGCAGGAAACGCAGUUGUGAUUUGGCUCAUAAUAACAAAAAGACGGCUGCGAACUACAGCUAACUGGUUCGUUACGUCCCUAGCGGCUGCCGAUUUCUUCAUUGGUAUAUUUUUCUUCCCUACUCUGUACACCUGCAAGAUUCGAUGGAGUUUGUGUUCUUCGCAAAAGGGUCACGUUAUCACGAUUCUCCUGAGUUUUCUGCUGCACGCUUCGGUGGGGAAUUUAUGCGCGAUGACAAUCGAUCGUUACGUCGCCAUUGCGUUGCCUCUCAAGUACAUUGUUUACAUGACGCCAAAAAGGAGCUUUCCAAUGAUAGCCGCAACAUGGAUUUUCCCAGCAGCAGUGUGGAUUCUUCACACAGUCAUCGUAACGUAUUUUGGUGCAUCGGCCACGGCGUUUGCUGUAACUGUCGUUAGAAAGUGCGUUCUUGAGUUUCUUCCCAUGAUCUUCCUGACUUUAGCCACAAUUCACAUGCUUAUGAUUGUUCGAAGGCAUAAGAAAGAAAUCUCGUCUCUCCUGGCCGAUUUGCAAUAUAAUCGGCCUAUCUCCGACGAAAAGCCGAAAAUUUUCCGACGGAUCCCUGAGGCGUCCUCGGCGACGGUUGUAGCAGUCGUGGUUUUCAUCUUCGUUUUUUGCUACUCGAUCGAAACUUACUUAUUUUUCUGUACAGUCUGUCCGUCAGCUUUGAUAGACGUCGUUUUAUUUUUCUUUCUACUAAACGCCGCUGCAAAUCCUCUCGCUUACGCGUUCUUGAAGAAGGAUAUCAGGAGAGAGUUGGGAAAAGUUUUUAGAGACAAUUGUUUACACAGAAAAGUAGUCAGUCAUAAGUGAUUGUGAUAUUCAAAAAUACAUGAAGAUCCUCGAUAACGGGUCAAAAAGUAUCGUAAAAAAGUUGAUUAUCUUCGCUGUGAUAAUAAAUUAAU